CAGAAAACAAGAAUUUUUCUGCCUCAUGCUUCCUGCUCUCCACUGAAUCAGCAAUAUGAAGUUUCUGGAGCUUUUUGGGCGCCUUAAAUCCGUGGUUAUCGGAAUGAUUCACGUUAGAGCCUUACCAGGCACCCCUCUUAGUUGUAUGAAAAUGCCCCAAAUCACAGAAGAAGCAUGCAGGGAAGCAGAAAUCUACUGUGACGCAGGGAUUGAUGGUUUGAUUAUUGAGAACAUGCACGAUAUCCCGUACUCCUUCUCUGUGGGUCCUGAAGUGUGCGCCUGUAUGACCGCUGUGUGCUCUGCUAUAAGGAGGGUCUGCCCGUCCCUGCCCCUCGGAGUACAAAUAUUGUCUUCUGCUAACCAGCAGGCCCUGGCUGUAGCUCUGGCUUCAGGUUUGGAUUUCAUCAGAGCUGAGGGUUUCAUCUUUUCUCACGUGGCUGACGAGGGCCUUCUGAAUGCCUGUGCCGGAGACUUGCUGAGAUAUCGAAAGCAGAUCGGAGCUGAGCAUGUGCAGAUCUUCACAGACAUCAAAAAGAAACACAGCUCUCAUGCCCUGACAUCAGACGUGAGCAUAGAAGAGACGGCGCGGGCUGCAGAGUUCUUCCUCUCAGACGGGCUCAUCAUCACGGGGACAGCCACGGGAGUGCAGGCUGACCCGAGGGAGCUUGGAGAGGUUUCCCAGUCUGUGAAAAUCCCAGUGCUCAUCGGCUCUGGAAUAACAUAUGACAACAUUGAACAAUACAUUGAAGCAAAUGGUAUGAUCGUCGGCUCUCAUUUCAAGGAGGGAGGCCACUGGGCCAAUGCAGUCGACCCGGAGAGAGUGAAGAGGUUCAUGGGAAAGAUUUGUGCGCUACGGAAAUAAGAGGGCAGGUUUUUUGUCAUCACACUAGCCGUUUACAGCAAAAACUUUAACCUAAAGGGAAGGUUUUCUAGUCAAAAAUAUCUAUUGACAAUUUCAACUGCAUUCACUGGACCAGUGCAGAUAGAAAAGAUAGAAAACUAAAAAUGAAAGGCCAGAUUGCUCACAAUAAACAGAAAAGCAUAAACCAACGGGAGUGACUGAAAAGGAGAUGUAUAGUGCAAAUGAAAAGCAUUCACCCCUUUGGAUGUUUUACCCUUUUAUUGAUUUUAUAAAUCAACCAUGGCUAAUUUAAUUGUCUUUUUGACCAAAAGAAUACAAACUCUUUAAUGUCAAAGUGAAAACAGAUGUGCACAAAGUAACCUUAAUCAAACAAAAAUAUGCAAUACAAAAUAAGUUAUUGCAUCAAUAUUUAGUAGAUCAACCUUUGGCUGCAAUCACAGCACUGAUUCUGUGUGGAUAGGUCUCAAUCGAGAUUCACAUCUGGACACUGAAAUUUUACUCCAUUUGUCUUUGUAAAAAUGCUCAAGCUCUGUCAGGUUGCAUUGGGAUCAAGCCUGAUCAGCCGUUUUCAACUCCAGCCACAUUUUAAAGCUUUUCUUUGUAGUUUUCUCUGUAUGCUUCAGGUCAUUGUCUUACUGGAAAAUAAAUCUUCUCCCAAGCCGUUGUUUUCUUGUAGACUGAAUAAGAUUGUCCUCCAAGAUUUUCCUGUAUUUUGCUGCCCUUAUAAAUUCUCUCUUCCAUUACAAGAAUUCCAGGACUGGCUGCCAAGAAGCAUCCCCACAGCAUGAUGCUGCCACCACCAUGCUUCACAGUGUGAAUGGUCUGUCUGCGGUGACGUGCAGUGUUUGGUCUCUGCUGAACAUAGCAUUUUGUCUUAUGGCCAAAAAGCACCUUUAUUGGUCUCAUCAGACCAAAAAACUUUCUUCCACUUGACCAUGGAGUCUUCUACUUUGCUUUUGGUGAACUUCAGUUGAGAUUCAAUACAAGUUUUCUUUAAUAGUGGCGUCCUCUUUGCCACUCUCCCAUAAAGCUUUGGUGAAACACCCAGGCAACAGUUACCAUGUGCAGUCUCUCCCAUCUCAGCUGCUGAAGCUUGUAACUCCUUCAGAUUUCGUAGGUGUCUUGGGGGUCUCUCCCACGAGUCUCCCUCUUGCACAGUCACUCAAAUUGUCAGGACGGCCUGAUCUAGGCAGAUUGACAUAUGCCAUAUACAUUCUAUUUCUUGAUGAUGAAUUUAACUGAACUCUGGGGGAUGUUCAGUGAUGUAUACUUUUCAAUAACCUUUUUUCUGAGUAUCUUGGAGUGUUCAUGUGUCCUCAUGGUGUAAUGGUAGCCAGGGAUACUGAUUAACCAGUGUUUGGACCUUCCAGACACAGGUGUCUUUAUACCGCUGUUACUUGAGACACAUUUACUGCAUUCAGGUGAUCCCCAUAUCACUGACUGUGUGAUUACUAGCACCAAUAGGUUGGACCUCUGUUGAAUUAGGUUAGUCACUUUAAAGGGGGUAAAUAUUUAUGCAUUCACUCAUUUUACCUUGCAUAUUUUUUUUGAUUGGCACUACUUUGUAGGAAUUUGUUUUCCCUUGGAAAUUUAAGUGGCUUUUUUGUUUCUUUUGUUGUCAAAAAAGACAAAUUAUAUUGACCAUGAUUGAUUUAUAAAAUAAAUAAAAGUACAAAACACCCAAGGGGUGGAUACUUUUUUAUAGGCACUGCACUCUUAUUAACUAUAUACAUCUAAUUCAAGGCAUUUAAAGCAAGUAAAAUGGCUUCCCCUAUUGACUCAUUUGUACUUAUUGCGAGCAAUGCAGAUUGAAAUUUUUGUUUGAAACCUAGAGAUAACAGUCUUUUCUUGACUUGCCUUAUGAAUGCAGCCUAAAGUUUGUCUAAUUAGAUUUUUUCAGUACUUGAAAUUUGUGCAGUGUAACCAUGUUUGAUUUUACUGUAGAACCACUGUACGUACUUUAAUAAACACAUAUA